UUCGGGACACUCUCAGCCCACACGGGCCACAAUCUGGCUACGGAAGCCAAUGACGAUGGCAUGCUUGCUGGCCGUUGCUUGAAGCAACGAUCGAUGGUCGCAUCGGUAGGGCGCGAUCCAGAAAUCGAGGCUCUGUUUAAUAAUGGCCACGGUGCCGGCGCUAAUCUGGGCUGAAUCCUGAUGGUUGGGAUCGGGCGCUCUUGAGCAAAUUUUCCGACCAGAUGGCCUCUCAAGCAUCUCUCGGCAGUCGGACUUUGGUCUCAUAGGGGUUGGUAAUAAUUACGAGGCAGAUUUGUCAAGAUUAACUAUUCAUUUUACUCUUCGUGGACUCUUUCGGGGGCCCGUCAUAUUAUUUAUUCUCAUUAUUAUUUAUUAUUCAUCCACGCCAACUCAAGAUGGAUGAUACGAUGGCAUGAAGUCUCCAGUUUUCUGGUCCGUUCCGGUUUGAUCUAGACCUGGUUUGAGUUGGGGUGUGUGUCAGUUCUUGCAUUUCUGAUUGACCUUGAAUGCCCCUUGGCCUUUCGACCGACAACUAGUUCUUGAAGGGCUUGGAGCUGGGUUACGCCGAGCCCCACUGCUCAGCUCAAAGACUCCUCUGCAGCAUAAUUGGCGAAGUCGUUAUCAGAGUGCGCCUAUUCGAUAUCCAAGCUCCACUUUUCACUUUUCUCGGAAUAUGUCUCAACAAACCAGAAGCGAAAGGUGGCGAUCCAAAAACAACGAUGGAAAGAAGAAGAAAAGAGAAAGGAAAGGAACGUGCAAAAGAGGAUGACAUCCCAUCCAGUUGUCUCUUGCAAUGAGUUGCAUGUUUCGCCUGGAUAGAAAGUGUCUUCAUCUUCAAAGCUUGGCCUUCUGACAUUGUCCUCUUGGAUACCCAUUGAUGAAUGUUGCCAGGACAAAAAUGCCAGAAGAGUUUUCGGUCGAAAUUCCUUCGUUCAAACAUGCACUUUGUUCUAGCGAGGAUGAAUACACCCACAUAUCUUGAAGACCACGACAGUUGCUGUGCCUUGUCAUACUCGUGUUGAAUAAGAGGAUAAGUAACGGCUGUGUUUCAAGGAGAACCAUGCCAGGGAUGGGUGCGAUCCAGGGAUCAAAUCAUAGUAAUACCAAAUAUCCAUUUGAAGUUCUCUUCCGUCAAAUACAGCUAUCCAGCUUUACGUCCACCGGCCCCACCAGCCCCCACCAGCCCUCACCAGCCCUCAAAAAGCAAAUCAAAAAGAAAAGAAAAGAAAAAGAAAAGAAAAGAAAAAGAAAAGAAAAGAAAAAGAAAAAGAAAAAUCAUCUUUAUCACCGUUUAUCCCAUAUUAUUAACAGGCCCUGAACCCCGAAGGAUGUGCUCCCCCUCAGUUCCGAAACUGGCGACAGCAUAGCAGCCUAGGUUCCCAGCAGUUGCGUUGUCUGAGUUGCUAAGCUUAAAAAUAUGAAACAUUACUCACCAAGAACAACCUUUCCAAUACGCUUACACGUGGCUGUGGGUAUGGAUCGUAUCGAGAACUUCGGCAGCCAAUGACAGAUGAAUGGCUGCUUCGGUGGAUUCGAGAAUAAUAUUUUUAGGAUUUGUUCAAGCGAUCCCGCUCAAAUAAUGGAAAGCAUAAAAAAAAAAAAGAAAAUACAUCAAAGCUGACUCGCCAAGGCUUGUCAGCACCCAUCUCCGAGGCGCAAAAGGCACCACAUCGGGAGUCUCCAGCAAACCGAAGAAUUCAUCAGCGGGAUCUGUAUUUAUUUCUUUUCGCGUUAUUCUCUUUUGUCGGAUGCAACUGGAAAAUGGACAAUAAUAAGAAUAAUCAUGGCUCGUCGACUGCGGCUCAAGCGCCAAGGCUGGGCGAGAUGCAGCUAGUCCCAAGUCGGACACCCGGCUGGCGCUGCCACACCCAAGCACAACUUAAAUUUGACUCCACCUCCUCGAGUCGACAACAUCGACGACGUGGACACACACGAUAUGAUACGGCCAGGAUUCGAGGAUUCCGGUGGCUGUUAAAUUAAAUAUCCCCAUCAUCAUUAUUAUUGCCAGUAUUAUUAUUCGUUUGAAUCCAACGAGCCGCAAGGACGAAGAGAGCUGAUAGCAACUUCGGGACUUGCCUGCUUUCCGGCUCUGGUUGGUGCCUGACUUGGACAAUCAGUAACUCGGCUCCAAUACCAACCGUUCCUGAGCCACAGAAUACCAAACAAGGGAACACUCCCCCCACCGGUGCCUGAAUUCGUGCUGGCGUUUUCGAUACACUCUUGCAUGGUCGACGUCAAGACGUGAUGUCGCAUAUCGGUGAUAUCUCAUGGAACAGCCUGCGGAUGCUUCACACAAGUUGCGGGCGAAAAUGAUGGAAUAAGGAGAGCGAUCCAAAAAAAAAAAAAAAAAAAAAAAAAAAAAGGCGAAACUUGAUCUUUGAAGUUCAUUAUUCUUCCUGGCUGGGAAACUCCGCUCUUGGGCUUGCCUUGACCUCGUUUCACCAUCGCCAGCAGAGACUAUGUUUGUAUCCCAACACCAGUCAUGUUGUUUUCUACUAAACCUAGAAAGCUCCGGUGUAAGCCCAAGCCAAAAUAGCAAGUGUUCGACUUGGGAAGCAAAAUCAAAAAUCCUUGAAGAAGAUGAGAAGGUAAAGAAUUGGGAGAAUGGAUGAGGACCUAGUUUUAUAUUUCCUUGGAUUUGCUACUUCAUGUCGAAAGAGCAUUCUUCCUUCCGGUGACCGAGGGAGGUCGUGUCUGAAAUUUUCCCGUCACGCUCAGGACGAAUGGCCCUAAGAGACUAUUUCAGGCAGCGUAUGAUCCUCUCAUGCAUUACUAGCGCCUGUAUCUUUCCCUGUGAUCUGAGACUUUUGACUACGCUGCGUAGUCGUCCGACACCGAAAAUAGCAAUGUAUCUGCCAAGCUAGAAUCUCGCUUCAUACAUUUUCAGCUGGCUAGAUGCAAAGCGUCUGCCAGUGCCACAAUAAUGCGAUGAGUAAUGGAGGCUGAAUGAAAAUUCAUCGAUACCGGGGUACCCGGGUGGGACCUUUUUUUCUCUUUUUGAAGCCGGAAGAAGUCAUAUUCGCCCCAGCCCCCACCCAGAACUUACUACUUGGUAGAUUCUACCCGGGCCGACCUUGUCUCUUUAUUUGACAUUCUUGUUCUUUGCUUCUCUCAUGUCCUGAUAUUUUCUAAUGAACAGUUUCUUUAAUACUUUGGUUGCAUUACCAUUUACGGUCGUUUCUUAUUCUUUUUUAAAUCAGUCUAUCGUUCUAAAUCCUCAAGCCUCAGCUUUAUAUCAGUGCUGGAAGCGAGGAGCUUGAUGCAAUAUAUUGGUUUAUUGGUCAGGUAAUACUUCCACUUUCCUACCACCAUUCCACUCGUUUCACACCUUGGGUAUCGCCGCAGCCUAUGUUCGAAGUACAUAGCGGCAUAAUUUCUAGUCAUUAUUGAUGAUGCGGCGGUGGUUGGUGGGAGUGUCGCUGGCGCUUCUCGCUACAGGAGCGACGAGUUGGCCAUACGACCCGGAGUUUGAGGGAUAUAACCUCAACGAAAAUAAGACAGCUACAAAUCCCGCAGACUAUUACGGAGAAUGGGAGAAUCAUGAGUACUUCCCGUCGCCGGAGAAUUGGCGCUUUCCAUUCUACAGCUUGUUCCUCGAUCGAUUUGUGAAUGGAGACCCGAGGAAUGACAACAUUAACGGCACGUUCUUCGAACAUGAUCUGAACUCGAAUCAGAUGCGUCACGGGGGCGACAUAAGUGGUCUGGUGGAUACGUUAGAUUAUCUCCAGGGUAUGGGAAUAAAGGGUAUCUAUCUCGCUGGAACUAUUUUGAUGAACGCGCCUUCGGGCGCGGAUGGUUACUCGGUGCUUGACACUACCCUUCUCGAUCGACAUUACGGUAAUAUCCAAGAAUUCAGAUAUGCUAUUACAGAAAUACAUAAGCGGGGCAUGUAUGUCCUUAUGGAUAACACUUUGGCAACAAUGGGCGACCUUAUCGGCUUCAAAGGAUAUUUGAAUACAACAACACCGUUUGAUGUCAACGAACAUGAGGCAGUAUGGAAGACAAAUCGUCGUUAUGUGGAUUUCGAUAUCGGCAACAACUACAAUGAGACGUGCGAUUAUCCAAGGUUUUAUUGGGAAAACGGUUACCCUGUUGGCAAUGAUGUCACAGACCAACUGAAGGGCUGCUAUGAUAGUGAUUUUGAUCAAUAUGGUGAUAUCGAAGCUUUUGGAGUCUACCCAGAUUGGCAGCGCCAGCUUGCAAAAUUUGCUUCCGUGCAAGACCGUCUACGUGAAUGGGUUCCUUCUGUCAGGCAGCGACUCAUGAGGCACUCGUGCCUGAUUAUUCGACAACUUGAUAUUGAUGGCUUCCGAUAUGAUAAGGCCUUACAGGCGACAGUCGAUGCGUUCGCGGAUAUAAGUGAGCACUAUCGUGAAUGCGCCAAAAGUGUUGGGAAACAUAACUUCUUUCUGCCUGGUGAAAUCACGGGUGGAAAUACUCUUGGAUCUAUUUAUAUUGGUCGAGGACGUCAACCGAACAUGUUACCCGAGACGUUGGAGGACGCCGUGAAGCUGACGAACACUUCGAGCGAAAAAUAUUUCAUCCGCGAACCAGGCAAAUCUGCUCUGGAUGCUGGUGCAUUCCACUACUCGAUCUAUCGUUCUUUGACCCGGUUCCUUGGUAUGGACGGUAACCUUGCUGCCGGAUAUGAUACCCCCGUUAACUGGGUGGACACUUGGUACGAGUUCCUCCUCACAAAUGACUUCGUCAAUGCCAAUGGGAAGUUUGAUCCACGCCAUAUGUUCGGAGCAACGAAUCAGGAUGUUUUUCGCUGGCCGACCAUUAGGGAAGGGACAGAGAGAAUGCUAUUAGCCUUCUAUAUUACCACGCUUCACCUACCUGGUAUCCCCUUGCUACUUUGGGGCGAAGAACAAGCAUUCUACGUCUUGGACAAUACUGCUCGGAAUUAUAUCUUCGGGCGGCAGGCCAUGUCACCAGCAACAGCUUGGCAAACCCACGGCUGUUACAGCCUUGGCUCUGAGCAGUACUAUCAAUGGCCCAUUGAGUCUGGUAAAUAUGCCUGCCAUGACGAGACUGUGAGCUACGACCAUAGAGAUCCAUCACACCCAGUACGGAAUGUUUUGAAAACCAUGUAUCAAAUGAGGGAGCACUACCCGACGCUAAAUGAUGGGUGGUUCGUUCAGCACCUUUCAAAUCAAACGUGGCAGGUUUUCCUCCCCGGUUCCAAUAAUACACCAACGGAAACUGGAAUGUGGUCCAUCCACCGUAGUCGUUUUGAGGCCGUCCAAGACUUCGGCAGGGAAGGGAAUCUCCCAGUUUGGCUUGUGUAUCAAAACUACAACAAAACCCACAAGUAUGAGUUCGACUGCUCGGAUAAUGAUACGGCACUCAUAUCUAGCUUUGAUAGUGGUACCACUGUCAAAAAUUUGUUCUAUCCCUUCGAUGAACUUACAUUGAAAGAAGGUCCCAAGAAGCUAGGGUUUGAUCAAUCUGCCGAGUUUAAUGGGUGUCUUGAUAGCCUCGAGUUGAAACCAUGGGAUUUCAGAGCCUACGUUCCCAAGGACAGGUUCAUUCGACCACGACCUAUGGUCACAAAAUUCGUUCCAGGACACGAUGCUCGCCUGCAGUCGACAGUUUCUCCCGAUCAAGAUGAAACAGUUCCCAUUGAACUAUAUUAUUCCGAAGCGAUGAGCUGCGAUGGCGUAACUAGGAGCAUUACGUUCAAUUCAACUACAGACAAUGGUAAAAAGCCAUCUAUUGACGCAAGUAGUGUCAAGUGUACAACGGUGACCCCCGAACCUCCGAAAUAUAUCGGUGAAGUUCCACAUUCAUGGAAAUGGUCUGCCAAUCUCGUUGGUGUCUACAAUGGGGUACACAGGGUAACAAUCUCGAAUGCCCCCAGCAAUGAUGGCCUUACCAAUACGACUUCGGUAGAUCAUUUCCUUUUCCGUAUUGGGCAACCAGACAACCCUAUGGUUUUCACCCGGGCUGCAAAUUAUUCAUCGAAUUUGCUACAUAAGGACAACAAAGGUAACCUAUAUGUAACUCAUCACGCUGCUGGAGCAGACCUUUAUCGGUACUCCUUGACUUGGGGUUCAUCAUUUUCAGAUUGGUUACCUUACGAGGGCGGUAAUACUACUCUCGAGCGCCAGCAUUGGUCUGGCACCAAACUGCAAAGAUGGGAAGGCGAGCAUGUUUCAAUUGAAUACUGGAAUCGUAUGACUGGGAGUAGCUCUCAUGUCCAACAUGGCGACCUUGAUUGGCCUAGCAGCAAACCACGAAGAUUUCCGCAUCUCUUUUGGAACGGUCCUUAUAACCAAUAUGGCUAUGACGCUGGUCUCAAAAACCACAUGGUGCAGGAUGAUGACGGAAUAUGGAAGUUCAUAUUUAUGACAGAAUGGCCUGCAUUAGCUCAAGUCAAUGUUUGGGGAAUUAACCCGGAUGGUAAGCCAGAUCAAACAUUUGUAUUUGGUGACAUAGAUGGCGAUUCUGUAUUGGAUCGCUUACCGCCAUCUUCGCUUGCGAAAACUAUCAUAAACAUUACGCAACCCCCUCCUGCGCCUCAUCUUGCCUGGCUGUUUUCCUUGAACGACGGUACCCUUCGUUUCCAAUUGCACCCUGUCGGUAACCAUUACCACCAAUUGAUUCUAUACAUCCUCCUCUGGGUUAUACCUAUUUUGACCUCUGCUAUUGGUAUCUAUGUGUUCAUGAAAUCCUUUUACCGGGUCAAAUUUAAUCAGGUCGGAAUUAGCGAUAAGGGGGGAUUUGUUCCUCUCGCUAUCAGACGGAAAUUUCGGAGGCAAGCUCUCGAAGAAUCUCACACGAUGAAACCGCUAAUGAAACUCGCAAACAAGUCGAAAUUUGUACAGUCGACUUCUGCGCUUGUCGAUCAUUCGGGCAAAAGACGUACCACUCUAAUUGCCACCCUAGAGUAUUACAUUCCAGAUUGGAAAAUCAAAAUCAAGAUUGGAGGUCUGGGUGUGAUGGCUCAGCUAAUGGGAGAGAAUCUUGGACAUCAGGACCUGAUCUGGGUCAUCCCCUGCGUUGGCGGAGUUGAUUACCCAGUUGACCAAGUUGCCGAGCCAAUGACAGUGACUAUCCUUGGGAAUGCGUACGAAGUCAAGGUUCAAUACCAUAUUCUUAACAAUAUCACCUACGUUCUUCUCGACGCACCUGUUUUUCGGCAGCAGUCCACCGCUGAGCCAUAUCCAGCCCGCAUGGAUGAUCUCGACAGUGCUAUUUACUACUCUGCCUGGAACCAGUGUAUUGCUUUGGCGAUUAGAAGAUUCCCAGUUGAUUUGUACCAUAUUAACGAUUAUCACGGUUCAGCUGCGCCAUUGUAUCUCCUACCUCAAACGAUUCCGGCUUGUCUUUCCUUGCACAACGCUGAAUUCCAGGGCCUAUGGCCUAUGCGUACACAGACAGAAAAGGAAGAAGUAUGUGCUGUUUUCAACCUUCCACUAGAUGUUGCAUCCCGCUAUGUCCAGUUUGGCGAAGUGUUCAAUUUACUUCACGCUGGCGCAAGCUAUCUACGUGUUCACCAGCAGGGCUUUGGGGCAGUGGGCGUCUCGAGGAAAUACGGAAAACGCUCGUAUGCACGAUAUCCGAUCUUCUGGGGACUGAAGAAAGUCGGCAACCUACCCAAUCCCGAUCCAUCAGACACUGGCGAAUGGAACAAACAGCUGCCCAAAGACUCUGAUAUUACUGUCGACCCAGAAUUUGAAGCUAAACGAGCAGAGCUUAAAAGGCAAGCUCAGGAAUGGGCAGGUCUGGACCAAAAUCCGGAUGCAGAUUUGCUAGUAUUUGUCGGGCGUUGGUCGAUGCAGAAAGGGGUUGACCUCAUCGCUGAUGUUUUCCCUGCUGUCCUGGAAGCACGCGAGAAUGUUCAGUUAAUAUGUAUCGGGCCAGUGAUCGACCUUUAUGGAAAAUUUGCUGCUUUGAAGCUCGAGAAGAUGAUGAAGCUUUAUCCUGGCCGUGUUUUCUCUAGACCUGAAUUUACAGCUCUCCCACCGUAUAUCUUUAGCGGAGCUGAGUUUGCAUUGAUUCCAUCUAGAGAUGAGCCUUUCGGAUUGGUAGCUGUCGAGUUUGGUCGGAAAGGCGCUCUCGGCAUCGGUGCAAGGGUUGGUGGUCUUGGGCAAAUGCCAGGUUGGUGGUAUACCGUUGAAUCUACCACCACUAGCCAUCUCCUUAAUCAGUUCAAAUUGGCGAUCGACAGUGCACUGAAUUCGAAACCUGAGGUGAGAGCCAUGAUGCGUGCGAGGUCCGCAACACAGAGGUUUCCUGUUGCCCAGUGGGUGGAAGACCUCGAAAUCCUCCAAAGUACAGCAAUUAGGAUCCAUAACAAAGAAUCUGCCAAGUCAACUGGACAACCUCAUACUCCUUCUGGAUACAAUACACCUGGCAUCCCGGGCUCCCCACUUGGCCCUGGAAGCAUGAGCCCCGCUACGCCAGGGUCGCGGAAUCAUAGUUAUGCAGCGGGCCACAGAUUGAGCGCUUUUGGGCCACAAGCAAGAAAUACCGUCAUUUACCACCAGGACUCCAGCCCUGGUCCCGAUACUGAUAAUGAAAUUCCAGCUGGUCUCAGCAGGAAUCUCUCACUUGGUGUGCGGUCUGGUCCUGGCCAUAUGGGAGGUGAAUCUCACGUGCCACGGAAAUUACGAAAAAAUAAUGCCCCAGUGGGCGUACCGGAGAACGAACCUGAAAACGAACCGGAGCCCGUUGGUGUGGCUGUGACCGCCGAUAUCGACGAGGAGAGCGAUGAUGACACUGCAGCACACUAUUUUGGUGAUGAUGAUGAAUACACGCUGACGCGGGAACAAGCAGAGGCAGGUCGAGGAAACCAAUUGGGUUUGUUAAGUCGGAACUUUCAUAAUGCCGAUUUCAAUGAACAGAGGACCCCAGGGACAUCAAGACCGCCCUCGCCCUCCUCUGCAGAUGGCUUCCUGCCGCCAAGUCGUCCCUUGCCUUACUCUGGAAACUUCCCCAGUUCUACCUCCGUUCUCUCUUUGGGAUCUGUUGUUGGUAGUAAGAAAGAUUUUAAGUUGCAGAAAGUAGAUCCAUUCUUCACCGACAGCAAUGGUGAAUUUUAUAGGGCAUUCGAGAAGAAACUGGAAGACCUUAAUAGCGAAAAUUCAGAAACCGAUCUAUGCAUCGAGGGCUACUUGGUGAAAAGCGAAAAGAAAUGGUUCAAUCGAUUUAGAAAUGCUCGUUUGGGGCGCAAUACCAAUUCCGACAAUCCCCCGUCAUUGUUUCGUGCCAAACGCGGGAGUGGUGUUUCCCCGGCUCCCUCUGAGUACGGUGAAGAUCUCGAGUCUCGGGCUAGCGAUUAUGGGAAGGACGGCGAUGAAUUCCUGCUGGGUAACGACUACAUACCUCCAACUGGCCUAGAAAAAUGGAUGCAGCUUCGAAUCGGCGAUUGGCCGGCUUACUCUUUCUUUCUUGCCUUUGGUCAAAUAAUUGCUGCGAACUCUUACCAGAUCACGUUGCUCACGGGUGAGGUCGGCCAGAGUGCCACCAAACUAUAUGCCAUCGCGACCACGUAUCUCAUCACCUCGAUCAUCUGGUGGUUCAUUUUCCGCUGGUUCAAAUCCGUUAUCCCUCUGUCUCUUCCGUUCUUCUUUUAUGGUCUGGCGUUCAUGUUUAUUGGGGUUGCUCGCUUCGCUGGGACCGAGAAUGGGGUGGGUUGGAUCCGGAACAUCGGAUCCGGGUUGUACGCUACGGCAUCAUCCAGCGGUUCUAUCUUUUUCGCACUCAACUUCGGUGACGAAAGCGGGGCACCUGUUAAAGACUGGGUUUUUCGAGCUUGUGUCAUCCAAGGCACCCAGCAGAUAUAUGUGGUUGCCCUUUGGUACUGGGGAUCAACGUUGACGAAAAAUAUUGCUGAGGGCGUUAUUGAAGCCGAUCCUAUCGCGUCUUCAUGGAAGCUGACCGCAAUUGCAAUCCCAAUUGGGCUUUUCCUUUGGACAAUCGGGCUGUUACUAUUCUUUGGCCUUCCCAAUUACUAUCGCCAAACCCCCGGAAAAGUCCCCUCCUUUUACAAGUCCCUCUUCCGUCGAAAGAUCGUGAUAUGGUUUUUCGUUACUGUCGUCGUUCAGAAUUUUUUCCUCAGCGCACCCUACGGUCGAAACUGGGCCUUCCUAUGGAGUUCCAAGCAUGCUAAGCCAUGGCAUAUUGUACUACUUAUCUUGCUCUUUUUCAUCGUGGUGUGGGCUGUACUGCUUGCGGUCCUGGGUUACCUAUCUAAGGAUCAUAGUUGGAUAUUACCUCUCUUUGCAAUUGGACUUGGCGCUCCUCGAUGGGCACAAAUAUGGUGGGGCACAAGUGGCAUCGGCCAACACGUCCCCUGGGCAGGCGGCUAUAUCUCAGGAGCAUUGAUAUCAAGAAGCCUAUGGCUUUGGCUGGGAGUUCUUGACGCGAUGCAAGGUGUUGGAUUCGGCAUGAUCCUUCUACAAACGUUGACCCGACUCCAUAUCUGUUUUACCCUCCUUGCAGCCCAAGUUCUAGGUUCCAUCGCAACUAUUUGCGCCCGCACCUUUGCGCCCAACAAGAUUGGUCCCGGUGAUAUUCAUCCUGACAUAUCUGGAGGAAUCAGCGCUAUUGAGAAUGCUUGGUUUUGGAUAUGUCUCUUUUGUCAAUUAGCCAUAUGUGCUGGAUUUUACUUGUUCUUCCGAAAAGAACAGCUCAGUAAACCUUAAUUAAUAUCUUAAUCGUUUCGCGUUAUGGUUUCCCUUGAAAAGUCUUCUGUUACUUCUUAUCUGAUAUAUGUUUAUGCAUCUGACCACUGGUUUUGGGGGUUAAUAUGCCAGUGACUGUAACUUAUGCUGUUUUCUUUUUAAUGGGCUUCUAAUGUUUGGCGCGGUGAUAUUUUCAAGGCGUACGGAACGGGUUUGAUAUCUGUCUAAUAGAUUUUAUUUAUUUUGUGCUGCAAUAACUACUUGUUGGCCUAUUUACUUUAAUGAUUCUGAUAUGAUUCUGAUGUCUAAUUAUCUAUGCACGGAGAAAAAAGGGUCUGCUCCAAUGUUGAUCUAUGGGUUCUGCUUCCCUAGUAGUGGAUGUUUAUAGUCCCGCUCCUGCUCUGUGCCCGUUUUCAAAACCUGACCGUAGACGAG